AUCGCAACCGUCGGAUGGCCGAACCCCGCCAUAUAUGAAUCCUGCGCCCUCCGCCUCCGAACCCUAGCCCCCAGAGCAGCCGCAUCCACACUACCUGCCUCUCUCUCUCUCGUCCCCUGGCGGCGGCGGCGGCGGCGACAGGAUGGCGGCUUCCACGGCGAGGACGGUGAAGGAUGUCAACCCCCACGAGUUCGUCAAGGCCUACUCCGCCCACCUCAAGCGCUCCGGCAAGAUGGAGCUACCUGAGUGGGUUGACAUUGUGAAGACUGCGAGGUUCAAGGAGCUCCCUCCUUAUGACCCUGACUGGUACUACACCAGGGCUGCAUCUAUUGCAAGGAAGAUCUACCUGAGGCAAGGCAUUGGUGUGGGUGGCUUCCAGAAGAUUUAUGGUGGCCGCCAGAGGAAUGGCUCCCGUCCACCACACUUCUGCAAGAGCAGUGGUGCCCUCUCACGCAACAUCCUGCAACAGCUGCAGAAGAUGGGCAUCAUUGAUGUCGAUCCCAAGGGUGGAAGGCUCAUCACAUCCCAGGGAAGGCGUGAUCUGGACCAAGUGGCUGGAAGGGUUGCUGUUGAAGCUUGAGCAGUCUCAUCUUCGGUUUCUAUGAUGUCAUGUUUGAUGGUUGAGAUGGCUACACUUUAUUUGCAUUUUUGGAUUAGGACUUUUUAGUUCAGAGAGCUUUAAGGUUUAAUGCAUCUAGCUAUGGCUCCACACUAUAUUUUACCUGAGUACCUAAUGUGAUCUCAUCUUCGGUUUGCAAAGUGCCUGAGCCUGUAUCCAUGACCUAUCUUCCUUUUGCUACAGAUCUAUAUGAUAAUAUAAGUGUCUGAGCUGGUAUCCACUUUUCCUGUCCAAUUUGUUUAACGAAAAGCAAAAUAGACUUGGGUAUGGUUAA